CAUCAACAUUAUGCAGCGUUUCAGCCCUGUUGCGGGACAGUUAUGGGAUUCUGUAUCUUUGGUCAGUGGUGAUUUUGACCCUCAAGCAGAAUGGGAGAAAAAUACAAACGGCCUUCAGGGUAUGGUGAAGAUGCAAUCUCCAGAGCAACUACAACUGAACUGAACGAAUCGGAUUACGAUCAGAUGUCUGAGAUAGGUCAACAGACAAGCAGUCCAUCGUUUUUAAAAUAUGUCCGUGAAACGUUCAGAAACAACAGCGGGAAUUUUGAAACCUCGGGUAAUGGGACACCCAAAACUUCAACACCAAAAGCAGGGCGAGGCUCCCCGAAACCAUACUACGAGGACUCUUUGGGAGACAGUGGCUUUGUUGCAAUACAAUAUCCUGCACCUGUACCAGAAGAAAAAGAAGAGAUAGUAAACAGGAUGACGGUCUGUCAAGGCGAUGUUGGAAAAGAUGGCGACAAUAAAAAAAUAAAAACUGUGAGAUCCAACGCUUCACGUCUUGCCAACCUCUCCCAGUCGCAAGGUCGUCUGCUGGUCCUCAACGAUAACCUCACCCUACGCUCACUAAAGGCGGAUGAUGAUCUGAACGAUUUGAUCCGACAAAUCGGCGACGCCGACGGUGGCGGAAUUAUUAAUUACACAAUGGAAGACAUUCUUAAAAAUUUCAGUCGCCUGCCAGUAGACAAACUCCAUCACUACGCUUUGUUAGGGGAGUACCUCCGAUCCCUCCACGUCGAAAACAAAAUGGUGGAUGUUCUGAUCCACGUCGGUGGACAAACAUUUGCUGCACACAGAGUAGCCCUGGCAUGUCACAGUAAACACUUCGCGGACAUCUUCAUGAAACAUACCGAAAACACCAAGCUGCCAGUGGAAGUAAAUCUGCCAGGCGUUAAUCCAUAUGCCUUCCAGGCCUUCCUGAGAUAUGUCUAUACAGGGCAGAUGAUUGUCUCCCCUGAAACGUCGCAGACAUUGGCGGUUGGCGACAGAUUCCAUAUCCGCGAAAUACGGCAGAUAUGUACAGAGUACGUGGAAUGUAUAGGCAGUGAUCAGGCAGUGCACAUCUUAGCCAGCAAAACAAUCUCCCGUGAAUCUGUCGUCUUCAAGCAUGCCUAUAUGUUAGUCAAGGAGAACUUCUGUGAUGUGUUCGACGUUGAGCAGUUUCUGAACUUUAGCCUCGAUCUGGUGUGUCAGAUACUUAGUGAUGACUACUUGUACAUCAACACUGAGAUGGAUGUGUUCUGGGCGGGGCUUAAGUGGAUCGCCUUCCACAUUACGGAAAGACACAAUUAUCUACUGAAAGUGAUGAAGUGUGUCCGUUUUGGUCUCAUGUCACAGAGUGAACUCUUCCAGUGCUUCGAGGUCACAGACAUGCUCCGGAAGUCAGCAGCCUGUCGGGAACUGAUACUUGCAGCAAACUGGAUUAUUACUGCAGGUGAACUAGGUCGGUCUGACCCGCUUCUUCUGAUCAAGCCUAAGCCUCGCAUGUGUAUGAUGGACAACUAUGUGCCACAGUCUCACGAAACCUUCAAGAGUAUUUUAGAAGAUGAUCCACCAGUAGAGUUAACUCACAUGCCCCCUAUUGAAGAGCCCCAACCGGACAACACACCUGCCAAACCGUUACCAGCGGUCCACGCAGACAACGCAUCUGUCGGGUCACAGGUGUCUCCCCGACCCGGGGACAUCCUCGCCAUUGGAGGGUUUCACAAAGGCGCCAAAGAUAAGGAUGUUCAAGCCAAGGACAUUGAGCGGUACAGCACAUUGGAGAACCAGUGGAAGUACUACACGGGGCUGCCGGAAGCCAGGCAGCACCAUGCUGUCGCGAUGUUGUUCGGAAAACUCUAUCUAAUUGGUGGCAGUGACCCUAAGAAGUCCAAGAAGGCCCCUGUUCCCACCAACACGUGCUUCACGUUUGACCCUGCCAGUGGAGAGUGGUCCAAGAUAGCACCUCUGAAAACCGCCCGGAUGUACCACUCCGCCAUUUCGCUGUUCGGAAUGCUGUAUGCUAUUGGUGGCCAGACCGAUAAGAACAAAGUACUGUCCACUGUGGACUGCUACAACUCGAAGACUGACUCCUGGCACAACUCUGCUGAAAUGGGCUCAGCCAGAUGUGGAUUCGGAGCGUGUAUCUAUGACGGUCGGAUCUUUGUGGCAGGAGGGCUCGGACCCCCAGCUGAUAAACGCUCCAACAUGCCCGUCCUCAGCACAUUUGAGUGUUAUGAUCCCAAGUUGAAUACGUGGAGAACGUUGUCUUCCCUUGAUCGAGGUCGCUGCUACUGUAACCUAGUAUGUGUUGGUCAGCAUCUGUACCUUUGUGGAGGCGCUACAAGAUCAAACAUCAAAGACCCCCUGCAGAGCACUGCCAGUAUGAUGUCCUACAGCAUAGACGCUGACCGCUGGCAGUACAAGACGGACUUCAUCAAGCCGAGACAUAACGCUGGCGCCGCCGUCAUCGGAAGCAAGAUCUACCUGAUCGGCGGGAUGUCCACCAUAGACGACCAGCCACUGCAGUCAAUCGAGUGUUAUGACGCCCGCACGGAAUGCUGGGACACUUCCAUCCAAGAUCUCCCAUAUCCGGCCAAGUGGCUAGGAUGCGUGGCUCUCCCGGUUUCCAAAUAAGGAAACCACAGGACUUUGCAAUUCAAUUUUGUGCUGUUGUCAUGGAUUGGAACAAUUAGUUUCAGGGUUUUUGAUAUCUACAGUGAAAUGUUGUAUUUGGGUGCUCUCGGGUGGCUGUUUCCCGAAAUGUGUACAGCUGAUAAAUAACUUUAAAAAAGUUGAAACAACCAGCUAAAUCUAGGUAAGGAACACUGAAAGAUGGAGAAUGUUUACCGAUAUUUCUACUGAUUUCAUUUUUUAUAUUUUCAAAAUUGGCUUUUUGCCAUUACAUCUAAAUUUUAGAUAGAAUAUGAUCUUUUGAUCGUUCUCCCACCUGGAAAAUCAGUUUCACUGAGGUAAUUGUCUGUAAUGAUUGCAGGGAUGUGCGUCUAUGUGCUAUUUGAUUAUUUCCCCUUAAUCGAGCCAAUGAAGUUUUGUUUUCAAGUUUUAUUCAUGUUUCAAUAGCAAGCAACUGAUUCAAUUCUUUUACUUCUGUCGAUAAGUGCAAAUAGCCUGGUGAUGGUGUGUGAUUUGUUUGACUACUGAAAUUAGGUAUACUGUUUUGUUGUGUUGGGUAUAUUGGUUCCAUUACUAUAUGCAUGAUCACGGUUUGGGUUGUGAUUUGUUUGCAAACUGAUGUUUCUUUAACGCCGUUUGAAUGUCUGGCGCCUUAGUUUCAGACUAACUUUCGAUUUUGAAUUGCGGCAGACGCGGGAUCCGGUACAGUGAUAAUGUAACAGUUCAUCGACCGGGAAUUGUGGAUCUUGGAAUGUGUUUAAUGAUCUUUCAUUUUCAAGUCUAUCAAACCAGUUUAUUAUGCUAAACAAAAUGCUUUAUAAUAUAUUUGUUUAUACUGUAUGUGUGAUGAUUGGAGAUUAACUGCUGAUAUAUGUGUCUCAGGAGUCAAAUAUGACCUUUGUAUUUAGGUACAGAUUGUACCUGGCACUGAAUGUAAGAAUGGGUUUUUUGUAUUGCCUUUUCUUUCCUGCAUCGGAGCUAUGAUAAACACCUCAGAAUUUAAGCUUGAACUCUUUGAUCAGCGAUGUAACACGGAUUGAAACUAAAUAUAUGUGUUGCCAUGACUAUUACAAUGUACUCCGUUGACAUACCUCACUUUUUUAUUUCGUCACCAAGGCCCCGCUCCGCAAAGCAAUACUAGCCCUGUGAUUUCAUGUCACGCAUUUUGUUUGUUCACACAAGGUUUCUGUAGUAUUUGGUCUCCUGGGAUUAUGAGCGUACGCCUACACCUAAGGUUUCGAAGUUACGAUCACUUUGUCGCUAAAACUGCACCGUGGGAGGUUCCGUAAAGAGAUAGUUACUCCCAUAUUACAUAGGCUUACGAUCGUGGGCUCAGGGCAUCAAAUGCUUACUGAAACCUUGUGCGACACACGAGUGUACAAUGUACAGAUCAUUUGUAGGUCGUCCAAAUUCUUUGUAUGUUAUUUGUACAGUCCGUUGACUUGUAUUGUAUACUUUACAGAUUAUAUUUUACAACACCUUUACAGUUUAGUAUAUUUCCUAAAUAAAGUUGUCCUUAAGACAUA